AGAGUCAUGUGUGUGUUGUGAAGCCGAAAGGAGAGCGUGUGUGUUGAGUGUGAGUUAGUGUGUGGCUAUCGCGGGGCCUGGGGGAGGCCUGCCGGACCUGUGGAGUCAGCGGUCAGCUGGUUGCGCCUCGAGCCCUUUGGCUCCAGCCCACUUGGACGGUUUCGAGAGGUGAAGAAGAGGCCCGAGGUCGCAGCGAAGACCGCGGAGCCCGCCGUCCCGCACGACUUGGCCUCCGCAGAGCCCCCGCGCCCGGGGCCGCCUUUCUCCUCUUCGCCCGACGGCCUCCUCUGCCCGUCCACAUGGGACCUCGGGACCAAACCUUCGGGCCGGAGAGCCAGGGCCCCGGGGGGUCCCGUGGAUGAAGACCCCCCACCCUCCUCAACUCCAUCUGCCCACUCCCGAGGGGCUUCUCCAGGCCUCCACUUCCCCCCUGGAGGGGCAUCUCCUAGACGUGGUGCUGAAACUUCUGCGGACUCCGCAGCCCAGUCCCAAGGAGGAGGAGGAGGAGGAAGAAAAGAAGAAGGAGUGAGGGGGGCGACACAGCCCUAGGGACAGGAAUAUGGCCGUGUCGGUCCAGCUGGCCCGGGCGCUGUAUGACAACACUGCCGAGUCUCCAGAGGAACUGUCCUUCCGCCGGGGGGACGUCCUGCGGGUGCUCCAGGGAGAGGGUGCCGGCGGGCUGCCAGGCUGGUGCCUCUGCUCUCUACAUGGCCAGCGGGGCAUCGUGCCUGCCAACAGGGUACGGCUUCUGCCCUCCAGCCCCACCCCAGAUUCCAGCCUCUACCAGGUGCCUCCCGCCCGCCCCGAGCCCUCGAACCCGUGCCCGGGGGCUGGCGAAACUGAGCAAGAGGUGUACGUCGUUCCCCCACCCGCCCGGCCCUGCUCCGCUUUGGGGCCCCCGCCCUCCCCCGAAACCAUCUACAAGGUCCCCAGGGACCCGGCUGGAGACUCUGCCCUAGAGGUGUACGACAUCCCUCCGUCGGCGCUGCGAGGGCCCGCCAGCGGCCCCUAUGACGCCCCCGCGCCCUUCUCCCGGCCCCUGGCCUGCGUGGCCCCCCAGGCCCCUGCGGGUGAAGACGCCCCCUACGACGUGCCCCCUGCUCUGAAGCCACCUCCCGAGCCGGACCUGGAGCUGGAGGGCGGCCGGGAGCCAGGGCCCCCCGUCUACGCCUUCCCCUCCAACCUGAAGCGGGCAUCGGCCCUGCUCAACCUCUACGAGGCCCCCGAGGAGCUGCUGGGCGAGGCCACGGGCAGUGAGGACGGCAUCUACGACGUGCCCGUGCUGGGCCCCGAGGAGCCCCCGGCCCCCGCUCUCCCUCCGCCCCCCGCCCCCAGCGACCUGGAGACCCUAACUCUCCUCCUGGCCCGGAGUCCGCCCCCACCGCCCAGGCCCCGGCUGCCCUCUGCCGAGAGCCUGUCCCGACGCCCGCUGCCCGCUCUGCCCGUCUCUGAGCCCGCUGCCCCCUCCCCGGCUCCCUCGCCCGCCUCCGGCCGUAAGGGGAGCAUCCAGGACCGGCCUCUCCCCCCGCCACCGCCCCGUCUGCCCACCUACGGGGGCCCCAAGGCGGAUGGAGACGGGGAGGGGAGGGAGGGUGGGGCGGGAGCCGCCGCAGAGGCAUCCAACGAAUACGAGGGCAUCCAGCUGGGCGAGGAAUACGACUAUGUCCACCUCAAGCAGGGAGUCAGUAAGGAUCAAGGGGCUGAGCUUGCUGCGGAAAUCUCCCUCCCCGAAGAAUCUGAACUGCUGCUGCCCGAGAGCCUGUUGCAGAAGGAGCAGGAAGCAUUCUCCCCCAGCGAGCCCCUGGCCCUGCCCGCCGGGGACCUCCAGCUGCUGCAUUUCUACGCCGGGCAGUGCCGGGGUCACUACGCCGCGCUCCGGGCGGCCGUGGCGGCCCUGCUGGCCAGCGCCCAGGCCAACCAGCCCCCGCGCCUCUUCGUGCCGCACGGCAAGCGGGUGGUGGUGGCCGCUCACCGCCUGGUGUUCGUGGGAGACACGCUGGGCCGGUUGGCAUCCUCGGCCCCUCUGCGGGCCCGGGUCGGGGCCGCGGGGGCGGCUCUGGGCCAGGCGCUGAGGGCCACCGUGCUGGCGGUCAAGGGGGCGGCCCUGGGCUACCCCUCUGGCCCCGCCGCCCGGGAGCUGGCCCAGUGCGUGGCCGAGCUUGCGGACCGGGCCGGGCACUUCACCUGCCUGCUCGGCGGCCUGGCCGGCUGAGGACUGUCCUCCGCCUUCUGGACCACCACUGGACCACCACCGCUCCCCUGCUCCUCUGGGGGCCCAACCCUCCUCAUCUCUCUGCCCUACAAGGAGGGAGAGGGGCCCUUCUCAUUCCCUGUCAAUCAUCUCCUUAGGGGCUCUCCCCUUCGUCCCCCGCCAGCAGCCUUUUGUACAAGCCGUUUUGUAUAAAUUAUUUAUAUUUAAUAUUAUUCCAGUUGUCCAGAGGAGGGUCCUGCGAACCCCAUUUUAGGGGGGGAGGGGAGUGACUCCCCUUCCCUGUCCCAGCAAGCCCAGCCCCAUCCUGUGAGCUGUGGGGUCAAUGAGGGCCCUGUUCCCCUCCCAGGAGAAGUUUGGGGUCCCUUGGUCCAUGGAACCUCUGCGCCCAGCCCCCCAAAAAGGGAGGGCGAGGGCCUGAAGAGGCUGAGGAUGGACAGGAUUAGGGGGGUCGAG